UGACCCUGCACCAGCUUACACCAGCUAACCAGCAGAUUUACUAUCCGAAUAUUUGUCACCCGUCCCUUCCAGAAUCCCCAGAAAGUCAAAUCGGAGCGAUGAUGCCAUAGCCUGGAGCCAGCCGGGCUCGGGAGCUUCCUUACAUAAUCCCCGCGGGUUUGGACGGUUUGACUCCGAGACUUGCGCCAUCCCGCCAACAUCGCGCACGAUUAUCCCCGUCCUCCAAACACCGAUCAAUUACUUACGAGUACAUAUAGCCCGUCGCUACCCCUCACCCUUCCGUCUCCUCUUCUUCCUCUUCUUCAACCUCACAACAGCCCACAUCUUCGACCCGUCCCUCGUGCGCCGGUCGAAUCUUCUCGCAACACUCGCCCACCAUAGCUUCCAUCUUCACUCGUCUGUUCGGCUCCUUCGCCGGCCCCUCCCCCGCCACCAUGGCCGCCGCAAAGACCAAGGCUCAGAACCUGAUCAACGAGAAUGGCGUCGUCGUCUUCUCCAAAUCCUACUGCCCCUACUGCGUCGCCAGCAAGCGCCUCCUGAACGAGCUGGGCGCCGAAUACAAGGUCCUGGAGUUGGAUCAGAUCUCCGACGGUCAAGCCAUCCAGGAUGCUCUGUAUGAGAUCUCCUCGCAGAAGACCGUGCCCAACAUCUUCAUCAGCCAGAAGCACAUCGGCGGCAACUCGGAUCUGCAGGGCAAGGACCGCGCGCAGUUGAAGCAGUUGUUGACUGCGGCGGGGGCUUUGAAGGCUUAGAU